AUGAAUUUCUGGAAUUUUCUAGAGAUCCUUUUAUUUAUUGGCAUUGUUGCCGCCGGACUUAUUGUUGCUGUGAUGAUAAAGACAGCAGAGGAUACAACUUUGUUUGAUAGAACUCAAUUACCAGAAGAUAAUCCACAAAAAUUAAAUUAUUACGUCCAACCACCACCAAAUGGUGAUGAAAAGGUCCCAUUCCCAACAGUUUUCGAACCAGCAAAGGUCUACACCACAUUUGUUGUUCCAGCUUACAACGAAGAAAAGAGAAUUCCAAAGAUGCUCGAUGAAACAGUCGAAUAUCUUAAAUCUCGUGAAGCCAAGGACAAGUCCUUCACAUGGGAAAUUGUUGUUGUUAAUGAUGGCUCCAAGGAUAAGACAAAAGAAGUUGUUCUUAAUUAUGCCAAGGAUUAUCCAAACAUUUUCUUGCUCAAUCAGCCUGUUAACAUGGGUAAAGGUGCUGCCAUUCAAGCUGGAUGCCUUCAUGCACGCGGCGAGCUUGUUUUAAUGGUUGAUGCAGAUGGCGCAACAAAGAUCAACGAAUUCGAAGCCCUCGAGACUGAAAUCAAGAAGCUCAUGAAGAACAACAACCAAGCAAUCGUUGUUGGCUCAAGAGCUCAAAAUGAAAAGGCAAAUCGUACUCCAAUACGCAAAUUCCUUGGUCUUGGAAUGCAUGUUCUCAUUGUUCUCAGCGGUGUACGCGGAAUUCAUGAUACACAGUGCGGAUUCAAGCUUUUCUCAAGAGAAGCUUGCAAGAUGCUCUUCAUGAACCAACAUGUACAGCGCUGGUGCUUCGAUCCCGAACUUUUGGUUAUCGGAAGACGCCUCGGAAUGAAAAUUUCCGAAAUUCCAGUCGAAUGGAACGAAAUCGAGGGAAGUAAGAUGAAAAUUUCUGGUAUGAUCAAAAUGGCAAUUGAUCUCAUUGAUAUCGCUAUUUUCCAUCGUGUCGGUGCUUGGACAAUUCGCGAUAGGAGAAUCAACAAGUAA